UUAUGUUGCCCUCCAGAUCAUUCAAGCUGGUAAGGACUACAAGAAAUCAGCCGUGAUCCAUCUCUCUAAGUCUGAAUCUGCCAUUACUGCUGCAAUGAAGAACCUGUUCCUCAUGUCUGACCACAGCCUUCCUAACAUGUUGAUUUCUGACUUCAAUGACCACUGUAUUGACCAGGGGUUUCCAGCCGGAAGUCCUUCAAGAUUGACAAGCAUACCACUUACGAGCACAGUACGAGUGUCCACGAGAUGCAGGAGUGCAUGGUUUCUGUUUUGAGGGCGUGUUAGAGCCAUUUGUGAAAAUUAUAGUCCCCUCAUUAGUGUGUUGACUGAGGAUAAGGGAGCUAAGGCUCAGGGUCUUCUGAAGAGCAUAUCCACAUAUAAGUUUGUUUACACAUCACACUUUCUGGCAGAUGUUUUGAAGCAAUUGGGCAUCUUGUGCAAGACUUUCCAAUCAAGUUCUAUUGACUUCACCAGUGUCUCUUCAUGCUUGGAAGUCACUCUUGGUGAAGUCAAGAGGCUGACUGAGUCAAAGCAAGGCAAGAUGCUCAAAUGUUUCAAAGCUGCUGUUCCAGAGAGUGUUGAUGGCUUUGGUGAGAGUGAGUAUAAGGGUCAUGUACUUAAGGAUAGUGAGAAGCAGAGUGGAAGCAGAGAGGGCAUGUGAGCAGUUUGGGGAGAGAGUACUGGUGAACUUGGAGGAGAGAUUUGCAGAUGUGGGUGACAGUAAGAUUUUGAGAGGCUAUUGUGGGAUAUUUGAUCCGUCUGUUUUUGUGAGAGAGGGUGAGGUUUUAGAGGAGUGUAUUAGGACUGUGAGUCAGCAUUUGGGUGAGGAAGAUUUUCGAGAGGAGUACAUGCGCUUCAGGGGUGAGGUUACAGAAUGUUUUGCAAGGGUGGCAAAUGAUGUGAACAGUGUGUGUCAGUUGGCCCUUAGAAAGAGAGAUAUGUAUGAAUGUGUGGCUGAUGCAGCUUACAGACUGUUGUGCAUCCCUGUGUCAAGUGUAGAGUGUGAGAGAGGGUUUAGUGUACAGAACUUGAUAAAAACCAAACUUAGGAACAGACUUGAUACAAGAUCUUUGUAUUUAUUGAUGAAACUUCAAACUGAUGGUGGUCCAAAGUAUUCAUUUGAUUUUGCAGCUGCAUAUGGUAAAUGGAAGAACAUGAAAAGCAGGAGAAUCUGUGGUUACUAGA